CCUACCACUGGGUGUGGAAAAACUUAUAUCCUUUUCUUUGACUCCCACCCCACCACCUUACUGUCAGUCUUUGACUGCCACCACACCACCUUGCUGUCAGUCUUUGAUUCCCACCCUAUCACCUUACUGUCAGUCUUUGAUUCCCACCCCAUCACCUUACUGUCAGUCUUUGACUCCCACCCCAUCACCUUACU